AUGCUGAAAAAGUGGGCUGCUGACUUCUGGAAACAACACCAGGACCUGCAUGGUGGAUUCGAUCUUUUGUUUCUCAUGUCAGUGUGGUGGGUUGUCGUCAGUGGAGUGGCUAUCCCAUCGUCCCAUUUAAUACGACUGCGUGAGGGUAUUCCAACAGGAACCAUAAUUAUACCAGAUUUGCUCAGUUUCCUCAAAGGUGGAUCCCAUUCGCCUACUACAGGUAACCACGCUCGUGCAGAAGAAUCAGAAUCCGGUGUCCUGGCAAUAGGAAACUCCGCCAUGCCUGGAGUCAGUUGGUUUGCCAUCGACUCAUCGCGGAAAAGUUUGGUUGUGAAAGCACCUCCAGAUAGAGAUCUUAUAUGCCCAACAGAGUUUAGACUUCCUGAAACCGCCGUUCCAACACAAAACGGUGUAGAAUUUCCCGAGUAUCUACUACAUUCCAACAUUAAUUCAAAUGACCUUGGGAGCCCAGAGGAGUGUACAGUAAAGAUAUCGAUUGUGCAUGGGCCUGCUUCUAACCCAUCGUUUGAGAUUUUAACGAUUAUUUUGGAGGAUGUCAAUGACCAUGCGCCCAAAUUCUCAGUUGGGCAUCCGGUUAAUGCAGAAACCAUCCCACAUGUUAUCAGAGUACCUGAGACUCCUGGACAUGCAGGAACGAAAAGUAACGCACCCAGUAUAAACCAUCCGACACGAAAUUUUGUACGUAUACCGCUACCCCUGGCAAAUGAUUUGGAUUAUGGUGUUAACAGCAUACGAGGCUACCGUCUAGAGGGUCAAGAUGCCUAUCUGUUUGCUUUGGAAGUAGGCGUGCAGACGGAAGACCAUACAGGCAUCAACUCGGACAUCAGCCUGAUGCAGUAUCGAAGGCCAAAAGCAAACCAACUGUGGUUGGUCCCAGCCAAUGCAAAGGGUCAGAAUAUGGAUAUCGUUCCUACUGGUGGAUUAGAUCGUGAAUUGCGUGAAAGUUAUCAUCUUGUCCUUGUGGCAUUUGAUGGCGGAUCGCCACAGCGCAGUGCCAGACUACCGAUUAGUUUGGUUGUGGAGGAUCUCAAUGACAACCCACCCAUUUUCAAUCAGCCUUGGUAUUCUUGCCAGAUCUCCGAAAACGACCCACCUGGAAAAGUCGUCCUUGAAUUUUCUGCGUACGACGCGGAUGGUGAUGGGAGCAACAACAAGAUUAGUUUCCACAUACCGGGUUCCUCUCCUGAUCACAUAAGACCGAACAGCAUGGUGACGGAUAAGGGCCAGAUGGUGCAUGAGCAGCGAGCGACAGGACUAUCUGAAUCACAGCUUGCAGCAGCGCAACUUUUUUCCAUUGAACAGCGUAAUGAUGGCCAGACAGACGGUGGACAAUUUCAUGAGCCAUUGAAAUCAAACAUCACACAUGGAAGGUUGAUAAUAAGACGGCAGCCAAAAGAGCAACUACAAAAUGCAGCUUCAAGAGCCAUUGCAGCCGCCAAAACAACAGCAACUCAACCAGCAAAUAACGGAUUUCAAAGGGGGAAUCUUCCAUUCCCUGGUUCGAAAGGUGACUCGAAACAGGAAUCAGGCGUCCGUCUGGAGUUUGUGAUUGAAGCAUUCGAUCACGGUCGACCAAAUCCUCUUUACACCCGCGUCCCGGUAUACGUCACCAUAGUCGACGUCAAUGAUCAUCCCCCAAAGGUCUUUGUUUCAUACUUACGGCACUCUAGUUCACCUGUCAUUCUGCAACGGGAAAAUCCCGGAAGUCCAACAGUUUGGGGCUUGGCGCGGGAAAAUUUAGCCAGGACUAUGAUUGCCCAAGUCACGGUUACUGACGAAGAUGGAGCUGAGGGCGAUCUAGUUUGCAGCACCAAUGACAAUCGGUUUGUCUUAGAAGAGAUUGCGACAACCGGAGGCUUUCUAGGUGAGUCUCGUAAUCUAUGGAUUCCGCCCAGUGUGACAUCUGUGAUCAAGAAGGACGAUCGCUCCAAACGCACUCGUCGACGUGCCUUGUCUGCGCGAAUGUUCAAACUUAUGUUGAUCAGUCCACUGGAUCGAGAAGUGGGUGGUGGACAGCCCAAUCGUAUUGAAUUUAUUUUGACAUGCAGAGAUAACACCCAGAACCAGCUUCCAGGAGAACAGCUUACCUCACGCGUUCCAGUUCGCAUUCUUAUAGAAGAUGCCAAUGACAACGCACCUAUCUUCGAACAUCCUGAAUACACAUUUCACAUUCCAGAAAACCACCCCCAACUAUCAACCGAGCCUGACGGAAUCACAAAAAUAACUUCCAGGUAUUUUGUCGGGCAGAUUCGUGCAAAUGACGCGGAUGAAAACCUUCAUGCCUUGGUGGAAUACCAGCUUGUAACAAAUCCUGGAGCAGCAGUUGAGCUCAAUCCAAUAACGGGACAACUCUAUGUGAUUCGCCCCCUUGACCGUGAAACAACAAGUGAGGUCGUCUUCCAAGUGCUUGCUAUUGAUUGCCGGCAUACAAAUGAAACAGAGCUAACACAAACAGAAAAGCGACUGACUGGCACUACACAGGUUCGUAUAAUCGUUGACGAUCUGAAUGAUUCACCGCCUGUUUUCGACGAACUUAACUAUCAUUUUGAAGUAGAAGAGGGAACGGAUCUGGCGAAAGUAGGUCAAGUAUGGGCUACAGACGCCGAUCAAGGAGAAGCUUCGAGAAUCUCAUAUAGGUUAGCUAUUGGCACACUGAAUCGUUUUAGAGGUUACCCAUCGGGAACCCACAAUGCAGAUACCCAGUCAGUGAAUACACCAGUACAACUUUACGACGAAGCAUUGGAAAUUACAACUCACUUCCAGAUUGACCCGGUCAAUGGUUUAAUUCGAGUCAAGGGACGGUUAGAUCGAGAGCGGAGAUCUCAUUAUGAAUUUAUUGUACUUGCUGUUGAUAAUCCACGAGCUGGGCAAACAAAGUCCGAAGGUCACCUUAUGAGUAAACCGACAGACCUGAUGCAACACACAGCUACGACAACAGUGCUCGUCACGGUUCUCGAUCAAAAUGAUAACCCACCCCAAAUCCACAGUCCCAAAAAUCAUGCGGAAUUUCCGUUGAGUUCGGAUCAACUGAUUGCAGGCAGCACCAUCUUCACUAUCAAGGCAUCCGAUCCAGAUCUUGGGGAGAAUGGAACAAUUGAAUUUGAACUGGCUAAAGUGGAAAACGAUUUGGGAACAUUGCAUGAGUUUGGUGAACAGGACAAAGACGGAAUUCAUAGUUUGGAAAACAGAUCUACAGAUAAACAGAUGGACAAUUCACGGAUCAGCGAAAAUCCAUUCGCUCUUGACCGUACCUCAGGCAUGUGCUAUCUGCGAGAGAAUCUUCCACCUGCGAAUUCAGACGGUCCAAGAGCAUAUCUUCUGCGCAUUCGUGCUUACGACCUUGGUAGACCACGUAGCUUGAACACCUCCCUAGUAGUUCGGGUAGUGAGACAAUCCGUCGGCUCAUUUUCACAAGGAAUUCUAACUACUUUGUACGGAGAUCAUCCAGAAUCCCUGUACGGUGGAAAACACGAGCGCGGUUACAGUGAUUCAUCAGCAGGAGUAGAUUCCAAAUCCGGGUCCUGGGCAGCAGUUGGACAAGCGCGAAUAUCCGACAGGACAAUGGUUGUUAUUCUAACCACAGUGUUUAUUCUACUUCUACUGACCACAAUUGUACUACUGCUCCUGGUCAGAUACCGACGAAUAUUCCUCAGGAACGUAUCUUUCAAUGAUGAACAACCAAAUGACAGCCUGCUGAGCAAAGCAAAUGUGGGCUAUACUGCAGGUAAACCAUUCAGUUCAACUCUGGAACCAAGUGGAUCAAACGGGAUUCUGACUGCCCCAUGGAUUUCCAGCUUAUCGCUGCCAGUGGAAUCUCCAGAAUCGUUUGAUUACUCAACCAUUUGCAAUCCAGCUACAAGAACUAACGUUCCAAUGACACCUAGAAUGUGCAUUAAAAAUCCUAGUGCUCACUGGUCUCCAUGUAGUGGGACGAUAAGGAGGUCACCUGGAAUGCAUCACAAUAUCCUUGCUGAAAGUCAGCUCCCUGUCCUUCACACACCAUCAAGCAAGACCAACGAAUCACCGGUCUAUGCUAUUGAAAUGCGCUCAAGAUCUCAACUGCACCCACAUUCAAAGGAGCAUUGCCUUGCCUCACCACUAUCAAGACCUAUUGAGAUGCCUCUUACUCUGCUUUUUGAAAAUUACGCCGUUCGGCCAGAGCAGAACGCAUAUCGAACCUUGCUGAGAGAUAAUCAGGCAAGCAACAAGUGCACCACGUCUGUUACUCAGUCAACCAGUGAAGUUCCGCGGAAAAAUCCAAGGCCACUAGAGUUUGGACUAUUAGCUUCCAACACCCAAUCACCGUGGCCUACGGUGACGGUGCAGUCUACGCUUAGGCGUUCAGCGUACAGUUUGGAGGAUUUCCAUUCAACUUUAGAAGCCGAGGAAAACAACUGCUGCUCUAAACGCUCGUUCGUCCAGUCUCCAGACGAGUCAGAAAGGAUAGCCAGUAUAACUCGGCAUUCCGAACAGACGUAUUCUAGCAAAACGUGUCCGACACGCGAUGAGUAUCAACCACUGUUGACACAGGACUGUACUCCGUUAAGGUCAGUACACAGCUCUCCACGACACAGGGCAAAUAACCCACUACACCAGCUCCAGAUACUUCAUACUCCCGAAUUUGUACGUGCCAAUGACUCAGUCAAUGGUGGGAAGAAUAUUCAGUUUCAAAUUUGUCAACGAACACCCCCCUGCGACAUAAAUUCCCGGGCUGUUCCACUCACCAACGAAAUGAACAACGACUCAUCAUCAAAAGCCCGUCAAACUAAUUCAGGCUUAUUUACGUUCAACGACAGUUAUACGAAACCGGCUUCACAAAGUCAAUGCAUCAAUGACUGUGGUCCGGGAAAAUCGUGGUUCAAGCUCAAAUCCAACCUGAAGACAAGCGGUAAAAAGCACAACGUGAUCAGAUUCGCAAAAACCGAAGAAGAGCAUCCAGUGAACUUUGAAAAUAUCAUGAGAGCUUCUUUAAACUCAUCCAUACGUUCCGAUGGUUUAGAAAGCUUCAGUCCAACAUCCAGCCCUGCUAAAGGAAUAAAAACGGAGAAUUUGCUGUUUUCACCAGUUUCACCGGUUAAAACAGCAUCUGUCCACGUAAAAGGGAGUUUUGUUUAA